AUGCUCCAAGAACAGCUUUCAGAUUAAAGCAAUUGCAAGAGCAAAGAUUCUUCCUUUUCCCUUUUUUCCUGGGGGGUGGGGGGUGGGGUGGGGGGAGGGAGCGCCCCCAGACAUUCCAGGACAUCACCCCCUGCCCCAAGCACGCAAUAAACACUGACAAGAAAAAGUUUUUAUUUCCUGGUUCAACUUUUUUUUUUUUCCUGGAAUAUAGACUGAAGAAUGGGAAUAAACACGAAUAAAUAACAAAGCGAGGCCGCGCACGCCGGGAUGCGCCUGGCUGCAGCCGGCGAGGCUAUUGUCUCCCCGCCCUGAAGCCAGCCCCGGCCCCGGCGUCUUUCUCCAGCUCUUUUCCUUUCCCGGCCUUUUUUUUUUUUUUUUUUUUUUUUUUUUUUUAAUUUUCUUUUUUAAAAAGACGUCCCCUCCAGCCCCCUCGCCGGUGACCUUGGCCACCUCGGAUGCUCUGAUUCCACGCGGCUCGCUCUAACUUGCCCCCGCGCCGGCCGGGCCCAUGGCCGCGUCGGAGGACGGGAGCGGCUGCCUCGUGUCGCGGGGCCGCUCGCAGAGUGACCCCAGCGUCCUCACCGACUCCUCGGCCACCUCCUCCGCGGACGCCGGGGAGAACCCAGAUGAGAUGGACCAAACGCCCCCGGCGCGUCCUGAAUAUCUGGUCUCAGGGAUUCGAACUCCCCCUGUGAGGAGGAACAGCAAACUGGCCACCCUGGGCAGGAUCUUCAAACCCUGGAAAUGGAGGAAAAAGAAAAACGAAAAACUGAAGCAGACAACAUCAGCGCUGGAGAAGAAGAUGGCCGGCAGGCAAGGCCGAGAGGAGCUCAUCAAGAAGGGACUGCUGGAGAUGAUGGAGCAGGAUGCUGAAAGCAAAACUUGUAACCCCGAUGGAGGACCCCGAUCUGUACAGAGUGAACCACCCACUCCCAAGUCGGAGAUGCUGACUUCAGAAGAUGCCCAGCCCGGAAGCCCCUUGGCCACUGGGACGGACCAGGUCUCCCUGGACAAGCCACUGUCCUCAGCCGCCCACUUGGAUGAUGCAGCCAAGAUGCCAUCUGCAUCCAGUGGUGAAGAAGCAGAUGCUGGCAGCCUCCUGCCCACCACCAAUGAGCUCUCCCAAGCCUUAGCUGGGGCUGACUCCCUGGACAGUCCUCCCAGACCUCUGGAGAGAUCCGUGGGCCAACUCCCCAGCCCGCCACUGCUGCCCACUCCGCCACCCAAGGCAAGCUCCAAAACCACAAAAAAUGUCACAGGCCAAGCCGCAAUCUUCCAAGCCUCCAGCAUGAAGAGUGCCGACCCUCCCCUCCGGGGCCAGCUCUCCACACCCACGGGGUCUCCGCAUCUCACCACAGUCCACCGGCCUCUUCCCCCAAGCCGCGUCAUUGAGGAGUUGCACAGGGCGCUGGCCACAAAGCACCGCCAGGACAGCUUUCAAGGAAGAGAAAGUAAAGGGUCUCCAAAGAAGCGGCUGGAUGUCCGUCUGUCGAGAGCGUCCAGCGUGGAGCGGGGCAAGGAGAGGGAGGAGGCUUGGAGCUUCGACGGGGCCUCGGAGAACAAGCGAACUGCCGCUAAGGAAUCUGAGGAGAACAAGGAGAACCUGAUCAUCAAUUCUGAACUCAAGGACGACUUGCUUUUGUAUCAGGACGAGGAGGCGCUGAACGACUCCAUUAUUUCUGGAACACUGCCACGGAAAUGCAAGAAGGAGCUCCUGGCCGUGAAGCUAAGGAACCGGCCAAGCAAACAGGAACUAGAAGACCGGAACAUUUUCCCCAGAAGGACUGAUGAAGAAAGACAGGAGAUCCGGCAGCAGAUCGAGAUGAAGCUCUCCAAACGGCUGAGCCAAAGACCUGCCGUGGAAGAGCUGGAGAGAAGAAAUAUCUUGAAACAAAGGAAUGAUCAGACAGAGCAAGAAGAAAGAAGAGAAAUCAAGCAAAGAUUGACAAGAAAGCUUAAUCAGAGACCCACUGUUGAUGAAUUAAGAGACAGAAAAAUUCUGAUACGAUUCAGUGAUUACGUGGAAGUAGCAAAAGCGCAGGACUAUGACAGGAGGGCAGACAAACCCUGGACGAGACUGUCAGCAGCAGAUAAGGCAGCAAUUCGUAAAGAAUUAAAUGAGUACAAAAGUAAUGAAAUGGAGGUACAUGCAUCAAGCAAGCACUUGACAAGAUUCCACAGGCCAUAGAGAUUUUCUUCUGAGAAGAAUUUGUGUUUAAUUUUUUUGAUACCAACACUGAACAUUCAUCAGGGAACUUUCCUGAAGUUCAGCUCAAGACUACCUGCUGUGUUUGUGAGAAGGGCAGGAUCACACACACAGGUGCAAUCUUGACCACACUUACCUGCAAGAGGAGUAACCAGAGGACACACUUCCUUCCUUCUUUAGUGUCUGAGGAGUGUGAACUGUUGGGGUCAGUUAAGACCCAACAUAACUCUAUCAGAAGAAAACUGUUGUUUGCCUUUCAACCUUGUUUUACAGUUCUGCAGUGUAAUGGAGGACGGGCAACGUGCAUGUGCAGGCUCACCACUCCUAGGCCUCUGACAUGAGGGACAUGUGACAGUGUCAUUCAGUAUUAUGUUCAAAAGACAUUUUUAUCCUGAUCAUAAUUAAUUUGAAAACUCUUUAAGUUCAUGUUAUACAAAAUGAUUUACUGUAUUAUACUUUUCCUUUUUUAUAUAAUGUCUAACAAAAAAUACAGCUGCAACAUUUUGAUUCCUGUUAAUUUUGUUCUUUAAUUAAAUGACUACUUAUUGCAGGAAAUUAA